AGACUGCACAAUUUUUUAUACUGUGGCUUGCAAGCAAAGAUGAAGCAGUUAUUCAUUCUGUUAGCUUUGAUCUGCGGAGCGUUUGGAGCAUGGGAGAGUGGACUGCGCGUCAGGUUUGGUGUCGGCAUGACAAUUGGCACGGACGCCUUCAUUCCGAUACCGCGCACUUUGAGUGCUGCGCAGUCCCAGGGCUGGGCUAGGACCACCCGGCCGUCUGGACCACUGCCCAGCCUGGUCAUGUACUGUUCGGAUGACCGCAUGAUGUGCGCACUUUAUGACCCAGAGGGCGUUGUUGCCGGAUUACAGAUCGCUAUAGCACAGAGCGACAUCAGCGGCUCGACAUUAAAUUGGAAAACUCAAGGAUUUGUAGAAUGGACCGCGACUACCGCCGAUGGCACGACUCUCAAGUAUUGGGCUAUCCAACAGUAUUUCGUCUCACAAGCAACCCUUGACAUGAGCAAGGAAGAUCGUAGUAAGAUGAUCAAAUCCUCUUCUCUUCUGCGAGAGGGCGCUGUGUGGGUGCCGGGCUUCAACGGAAAGCUGAUGCGGGUCUCCGGGAACAGCGGUGACCAUGAGAAGAACUCCUUCACAAUACAAGCUUGUAUUCCUAUGAUGGGUCGUCACUAUUAUUACAAAAUGACGUCGACAACGAGCUGCGCGUCCGACAAGCUGUUGCCCUGGUUCCCCAUCGGCCACUCCGGAGAGACAAUCGCCAUCGGUCUCAUAAUGCACGGCAAACUCGCGUUCAACAAGAGAACUAAAAAGAAUUGGUUCGAAAACCCGGAUAGCUCUGUGGUUCAGGCUAUCGUUCCCAGAGGUCCUCAGUGUCUUUACAACAUGGCUGACAACCCCGGAAUAGUAACCAUCCACACCUACUAUGUAGAGAAACCCUGGACCAUUGACUGCACUGGAAAUUAAUUCAACCCUAACUUUGUUAUUUAUAACCGAAAUUCCGCAAUAAAAUGAAUAACUUAA